CGCCGUUUACGCGAUAUACGUUAACAGUUAUUUUCGAACGAUCUAACACCAAUUGUGGGUGUUUCAAUGAAAAAACUUGUUGAUAUUGGUGCUAACCUAACUGACAAAGUUUUCACGGGCGUAUAUCGUGACGUAAUCAAGCAUAAAAACGAUUAUCACAAUGUGUUAUGUCGGGCAAGAAAAUAUGGUGUGGAAAAAAUUGUUAUAACUGGAGGGUCGCUUACUGAUAGUGCUGAGGCUAUAUCACUAUGUGAAUCUGAUAAAGAUCUCUUUUGUACAGUUGGAUGUCAUCCUACAAGAUGCUUGGAGUUUAAUGCGGAUCCUGAGAACUAUCUAAAUAAACUGAAAAACCUAAUUUUGACAACGAAAAAGGUAGUAGCCGUAGGUGAAUGUGGUCUGGAUUAUGAUCGUGAAGAGUUUUGUCCAAAAGAUAUUCAAAAAGAAUAUUUUGAUAUUCAACUUAAAUUGGCUAGUGAUGUUCAACUACCAUUGUUUUUACAUUGUCGAGCUGCACAUGAUGAUUUCUUAAAAAUGAUUGAAAAUGCUAAGCAUUAUUAUUUUCAAGACAAACUUUUUCGUGGUGUUGUACAUUCAUUUGAUGGAACGGACAACAUGGUUAAAUGUUUCACCGAUAUGGGAUUGUAUAUUGGCAUCAAUGGUUGCAGUUUGAAGAACCAAAGUAAUUUGGAAGUUGUGCGGAAAAUCCCACUUGAUCGACUACUAUUAGAAACAGACGCUCCAUGGUGUGAUAUUAGACGAACUCACGCAGGAUAUCCAUUUGUCAAGACACAUUUCACUUAUCGCAAACAUAAUUCAUGGGAUGAAUCCUACAUGAUUAAAGGACGUAAUGAACCUGCUAAUCUUGUCCAAGUACUCGAGGUUGUUGCUGCUGUAAAAGGAAUAAGUGAAGAGGAACUAGCCAAAACAACAUAUCAAAAUUCCAUUGAUCUAUUUUCGUUACCAAUAGAAAGUUUUUUUUAAAAAAAAAAUCAAUUUUGAUAGAGACCAGUAUUUUUAGUUUUGCACUAAACAUCACUCUACGUUUUCUGGUCAUUGAACAUGAAAGAAAGUUGUGUUAAUUGUAAACCUAGUAAGUACCUAGGUUUUUGUGAAAAUAUGUUAGAGCAAACCGAUAGAAUUAGCUUUGAAAAAAAAUCAAACUAUAUAUGGCUUAUUCGGUACAACAAAAAAAACCAAUAUCAAUAAAGAAUAAGUCGUUCAAAGUUAUCUUGAAUAGGUGUUAGUGGGACAUAGAUGGAAUUAAAGCAUGACUACGUUGCUGCGCACUGAUUGGCUAAUUUCCUAUCCAAUCAGCGCCUGAUCGAAUCUUGGAGAACAGGGUAGAAAAUUCUCGUACUGUUAGCUGCAUGCUGAUUGGUUAAAUCUAAUCCAUUCGAUCACGUGAAUUACUACUAUCCAGAAGCUUCUCGUGUAAAUGCUAUAAAUAAACUAACGUUGUAUCUAUUUUUGCCUUCUUCGCCUUCGCCAUCGCCUUUGGGCUUCUUAUUUCCAUUUAACCUUGC